AAGGCAAGGCAAGGCAAGGCAAGGCAAGGCAUGGCACCAACUUUCCUCUCCUCUACAUAAUAAAAACCUCAUUGUCUUCUUUCUCCUUUCCAACCCAUUCAUUCACAGGCCCCAAAAGGGAAGGGAAGGGAAACCCCCAGUCCCCGAAAAUAAUUAUUAUAAAGUUCAAAUAUAUAUACACAACACAAAUUUAAACACCAAAAUCAUUUCAUCCCUCCCUGGGGUUUCUGUUUGGGUACUCAGAAAAUGGCGAAGAAAAGAAAGUCAGACGCUACGCGCCUCGACGAAGUCGAUCGAACCAUGUACACCACCUUCUGCAGCGCGGCCAACUCUCUCUCCCAACUCUACACCCAGGCCAUGAACCAUCAGCGCCUCUCUUUCCAAGCCGGCGAACGUCAGGGCCUGGAGAAACUUUACCAAUGGAUUGUAAGGCAGCAAGAAGAAGGGUCAAGAGUGACAACACCAGAUAUAGUUGCCUACUUACAGAAUGAGCUUGAUUAUGGAGCUGAGGAACCUCCAAUGUCUCCCAGAAUGCUGCUUCAGCAACAGCACUUGCAAACUGCAAUGCACUCAACCAAUUUAGGGCCAACCGCUCCAGCUGCUCCCACUCAGGUCGGGCCGGGAGUACGCUGGGGAAAUCCUGAUCAGCAGGCCAAAAACUCAGUUUUCUCUAAUGCUCUGUCUAGCCCGGUUCGCCAAAGCCUUCAACCAUAUCACCUUGCUGCGCAGGGAAGUUAUCCCUCGACUAAUGUCCUGACAUAUGGAAAUGGACCUCGUAGUAAUAAUGAGGGGAACUGUCAUCAUCACCAAAACAGGGACACCAACUCUCCCAUGUCAAAUGAUUCCUUGGAUAUGCAUGCAGAUAGUCCGGACCCUGGCUUUCCUCGCUGAGUUUGGUUGUCUGAUUGAAAUAAAUAGAAGAAAGUAUAUGAUAAAGAAAAUGAUGUUUGUUUGAUGAUGGAAAAUUAUGUUUGUAGUGGUGAACCAGAAUUCAUAGAAAAUUUGAACAAUUUCAAUCUCAAUUUGUUUUUGUUA